AUGCCGGGUUCACACAAUGAUAUAAAUGUGUUGGAUCAUUCCUCGGUAUUCAACGGCAUCAUCAAUGGCCAAUUACCUCUGACCAUCCCGCACCCAACCACUACAAAAGAAAAAUUAUUUGCUCAGCGACAAGAGGCAGAAAGAAAAGAUGUGGAACGAGCUUUUAGGGUAUUGCAGAUCAAGUGGGCAAUAACGCAAAGACCAGUGCGUUACUGGGAGAAAGAUGACUUGCGCCUCAUAAUGAAAACGUGCAUCAUCCUUCACAAUAUGAUCAUUGAAGAUGAGCGUCAUGCAAAUGUUGGAAGAUGGACUCCGUCACUGGAGGAUGCAAUCCUAAUUCCCAUUUUAAGUCAAUGCCCAUCAGUUUUAGCGGCACACAUAUCCUCUCGCCAAUUUCAGAUUCGCAACAGAGAGACAAAUACGCGGUUAAGGAAUGAUUUGAUGGAAAAUUUGUGA